AUGAACUCAUUUGUUUCUUGGCAGUUAAUGCUUUAUCUCUGUGCCACCUCUUUUGGGGAGACAUCAGAAAGAGUGGUUUCUCCUGAGGAUCGUCAAACCUCAGGCCCUGGACUUGGAUACCUGGCCCUCCUGGCCCCCUGGGAACAGCGGUGCCAAGAGAAGACCACAGCUACCAGGGGGCCAAGAACUCGGGACGCCUCACUGUGUCCGCCCCCUGAGGGCCCUGCAGCACCCCAGCGGUCAGGCCUGUGCACCCCCCGCAACCGCCUGAUCCCCUCGCCCCGGGGCGCGGUGCUGGUGCAGCGGGAGAAGGACCUGUCUGCCUACAACUGGAACUCCUUCGGCCUGCGCUAUGGCAAGCGGCAGUUGGCGACGCCGGGAGGGCGAGGGCGAGGCGCAGGGAGGGCCUGA